CCAUAACCCAUCAACCCAAAACCUCACCACCCUCAACAGCCCAACCAACAGCAACAAUGGCCCUCGCACCCAAAUUCGCCGGCCAAAAGCUAUCCUCAGCCGCCAUCCAACCUAAAGCCGUUCACACCAUCGAACUCUACCUCGACUACGUCUGCCCCUUCAGCGCGAAGCUCUUCAACACGCUCUACAACACGCCCCUACGCACCACCCUCCUAGAAAAGCACAGCAAAUCCGUCGUAACAAUCUUCCGCCAGCAAAUCCAGCCCUGGCACCCCUCCUCGACGCUCGUCCACGAAGCCGCCUUCGCCGUCCUCCGCACCUCGCCGGAAAAAUUCUACCCCUUCAGUGCCGCGCUGUUCGCGCAGCAGAAGGACUUCUUUGAUGAGAAUGUCGUGAAUGAGACGCGGAAUGCGACGUACAAGCGUCUCGCGGCCAUUGCGGGGUCGGUGGGCGUCGACGAGGCGAAGGUGUAUGGCUUGUUGGAGAUUGGCGAUAAGCCGGGAGAGGAUGGGAGCUUGAAUGCGGGCAAUGGCGUGACGGUCGAUGUUAAGGUGCAGGUUAAGACGAACCGACUGACGGGGGUGCAUGUCACGCCGACGGUGGUGUUUGACGGCGUGGUGAAUAAUGAUAUCAGUAGUUCGUGGACAGUGGAGCAGUGGGAGGAGUGGUUGGAGAAGAACGUUGUGUGA